GAGAACCGAAAGACUCGCUUAAUAUCGAACACACACUCUUGUCUCGCUACUUUUUUUUUCUUCUCUCUCUUCUCUCUCCGAUACUCUCAGAUCUCCAAUGGCUUCUCCCUCUCCAAUCCAAUAAGCUCCAACUCUAUAACCAUUUAACCCAAUCAAUCAUUCAAUCACCAUUCCAUUCUUUUUUUUUUUUGGGUACAUCGGAAAGAUAAUCACCAUCCCAUUCACCCAUCCCUCAACUCUCCCUCUUGCCGUCUCUGUCUUUCUCAUUCUCUCUACAGCAAUAUGCCUAUCAAUGAUGGAGAUUCAAACUCAAACUCUGACUCUAACUCCAACAGUAAUUCUAACCCUAACUCUAACCUUAACCCUAACCCUAGCUCUAGCCCUACUUCUAUACCGAAGAAGGCUGAAAGGCCACCUGUGCUCAAGAAAUCGAAAACAAUUGCCGACGACAAUGGAACCCCGCACUUCCGGGGCCCACUCUUCCCGACCGUCCGGCGAGUUUCCAACUCUCCUCCGUCGUUCUCCUCCCGGUCCUCCAUGGACUCCGACAACUCCAGCAGCAGUGAUAGUAUGUCGAAUCACAGUUCAAGUUUCCCUGACCGCGACUAUGUGUACCCCUCCUUUCUCGGCCCUUACACUACUCGUAAUCGAGUCGUCACUGUGAAGUCUUCGUCGAAACCACAGCGGCACCAGCUGUCUUCGGAAUCUCCAGUUCGUAGUGCUUCGUUGCCGUCGAAUUUGAGAGGUGGAUUUGGUUCUACGGUGUAUUCGGUGCACCGUACUGGUGCUCCGCAGGCUAAGCCAGCUCCGGUGCCGGAUCCGAAGCCAAAGCUGAAAUCCGAUAAGAAGACGAAGCCAUUGCCUGUUCAAGCUUUGGUUUCGUCGUCAUCAUCAUCAUCAUCAUCGGAGAAUUUAGCUUUUAGUUCUGGUGCUCGGGAAAUUUCCAGAUUUAGAAAUUCCUCGGUGUUUAAUUUGAUCACACUUAUUUGUAUAUUAUCUGUAUCUUACGUAAUUCUUUUGCAAAAUAAAGUCACAAGACUUCAGGAAGACAAUAAUAAUCUGCGUAGACUUUGUGACCCUAAAGCUGGUGUUCAAUUUGACUACAUUGAUGUAGUGGAGCUUGGCAGUGAGGCUUCAGUUUUGGAUCAUUCUAAUGCUGACAGUAGAACAGUUGCACUGUGUAUUGUUUUAUUCACUAUUAUUACACCAUUUGUGUUGUAUAAAUAUCUUGAUAAUCUCCCCCAAAUAAAGAAUCUCUCAAAGAGGACAAAGGGUGGGAAAGAGGAGGUUCCAUUAAAGAAGAGAAUUGCAUAUGUUGUGGAUGUCUGUUUUUCUGUCUAUCCUUAUGCAAAGUUGCUUGCACUUCUCUUCGCAACUAUAUUCCUUAUCGGAUUUGGUGGCUUGGCAUUGUAUGCUGUUAGUGAUGGUAGUUUUGCAGAAGCCCUUUGGCUCUCUUGGACUUUUGUUGCGGACUCCGGAAAUCAUGCUGAUAGGGUUGGAAUUGGGCCAAGGAUUGUUUCAGUCUCUAUAAGUUCAGGAGGCAUGCUGAUAUUUGCUAUGAUGCUAGGGCUUGUUUCGGAUGCUAUAUCAGAGAAGGUGGAUUCAUUGCGGAAAGGGAAGAGUGAAGUUAUUGAAAGUAACCACAUACUAAUUCUUGGAUGGAGCGACAAAUUGGGUUCACUGUUGAAGCAACUAGCAAUUGCAAAUAAGAGUGUUGGUGGCGGUGUUGUUGUUGUACUUGCAGAGAGAGACAAGGAGGAGAUGGAAAUGGAUAUAGCGAAGCUUGAAUUUGACUUCAUGGGAACAUCUGUUAUCUGUAGGAGUGGCAGUCCUCUUAUUCUUGCUGACUUAAAGAAGGUACAGUAGUGCAACCUAUAACCCCUCCUCGUCUUGUGCGUGCUUGUCUG